CACCCAUUCAGUGUUUCGUCGGGUCGGCGAAGUGAGGCAUCGAAACAAUCAUGGUGGGGUCUGUGACUGCGAGAAGCGGCGCGGCGCUGCUGGUUCUCAUGCAUGCAGUAUCUUCGUUCUACUUGCCGGGAGUUCAGAUGGUGACGUACAAGCGCGGCGACGACGUCCCGUUGUUCGUGAACUCGCUGACGUCACGCGAAACGUUGCUACCGAUAGAGUACUACAACCUCCCAUUCUGCACGCCCAAGGAGAUCGAGUACAAGAGCGAGAACCUCGGCGAGUACUUGACGGCGAAUCGCAUCGAGAACUCGCCGUACGUGCUCAAGUUCCUCGAACCGAAGAAGUGCGCUGUCCUGUGUACGACGACGUACAACGCCAAACAAAUCCACAAGUUUGCGACGAUGGUGCAGGAAAAGUAUCGGGUCAACUGGAUCGUGGACAACAUGCCGGCGAGCGUCAGAACCGACGAAUCCCUCGAACUCGGAUUCCCCCUUGGUGAAUUCGACAAGUUGGUGGACAAGACGCCGCGUCUACACAACCACGUCACGAUUCGCAUCUCGUACAACAACAUGGACGACUUUACGACGCCGAACCCGGACGAAGGACGCAUCGUGGACUUUGCCGUGGAGCCUCAGAGUUACAAUUACAACUCGAAGCACUUGGUCGCGGGCGAAUCGCCUGCACGGAUGAGUGUGUGCGAGCCGUCCGUGAACGAGCCCAAGGGAUUGUACUUGCUGGAAACCCCAGACAAGGACGUCGAAGUGACGUGGACGUAUAGCGUCGAAUGGGUCGAGGACAACGAACGUACGUGGCGCACGCGGUGGGACGUGUACUUUGAGGUCGGCAGUGGCAGCGACGAAGUCCACUGGUUCUCCAUCAUCAACGCGCUCUUGAUUGUGCUGUUUCUGAGCGGGAUGGUCGGGAUGAUUCUCAUGCGAUCGCUCCACCGCGACAUUUCGAGGUACAACCGCGUCCCGACUGAGGAAGAGCGCAUGGAGGAGCGCGAAGAAUCUGGAUGGAAGCUCGUGCACGCAGACGUAUUCCGGCCGCCGUCGACGCAACCCAUGUUGUUUUGCGUCAUGAUUGGGACCGGGUUCCAGUUGCUCGGUAUGUCCAUGGUGACGCUGUUCUUUGCGGCCGUGGGGUUCCUGGCGCCGUCGAACCGCGGGAAGCUCAUGAUUGCCCUUCUCGUGUGUUUUGUCUUGAUGGGCAUGGUUGCCGGGUUUGCGUCGUCGCGCAUGUACAAGCUGUUCAAGGGCAAGCGAUGGCAGCUCAACACGAUCAUGACGUCGACGUUAUUCCCGGGACUCAUGUUUGCCACGUUCUUUUUGCUCAACUUGUUUGUGUGGGGCGCCGGGUCGGACGCGGCCGUGCCGUUUGGGUCGAUGGUGCUGUUGAUCGUGAUGUGGUUUGGUGUGUCGGUGCCACUGGUUUUUCUCGGCGCGUUCUACGGCUUUCGCCAGCCCGCCAUGGAGUUUCCCGUCGCGACGAGCAACAUCCCUCGCCCGAUUCCACUGCAGCCGUGGUACAUGACGAACACGAUGACGGCGGCUGUCGGCGGGAUCCUCCCGUUUGGCGCGAUUUUUGUCGAGCUCUUCUUCGUCCUGACGUCGAUCUGGACCGACCACUACUACUACGUGUACGGGUUCCUGCUCCUCUCUUUUGUGAUUCUCCUCGGGACGUGCAUGGAAAUCACGAUCGUCCUCACGUACUUUCAACUGUGCGGCGAAGACUACAACUGGUGGUGGCGAUCUUUCAUCGUGUCGGGCGCGUGCGGCGGCUACGUCAUGCUGUACUCGACCUAUUACUACUGGACCCGCCUCGACGUCGAAAAUUUCAUCGGGUCCAUGUUGUACUUUGGGUACAUGUCGAUCGUGUCGGGCGCGCUCUCGCUCCUCUGCGGCACCGUGGGUGUCAUGGCGUCGCUGUGGUUCACCAAGAAAAUUUACGCCUCGAUCAAGGUCGACUAACGUGACAAGGCACGUUGGCAAGUAAAUAGAAUGCACUUGCGUAAUGCAUGGACAGGAUCCGUGGCGUGUGUGUUGCGUCGAGAUAGGUGGGACGAUCGCGCCAAGUUUGCAUGGCAGUGGUGCAAACCGACCGACUCGUUGCGCGCACGACGCUCUCGAACGCAGCCUUGGACAAGUUCG